GCUACUAAAGAUGAAUCCACUGAAAGUUUAAGGUCAUUUUCACUAGACACUGUAUAAAUGCGAUAAUUUUCUGUUACAUGUCAAUCUGUGGGCAAGAUUAUUCAGUGAUCUAUUAUAUUAUUUUCCAACAAAAUGAGUGAAAUGAAGGCUGUUGUAAAAAGUACUGAUAUGCCAGAAAGUGCACAACAACUUGCAGUGGAUACUGCUGCUAUUGCCAUGGAGAAGCAUUCCAUUGAAAAAGAUAUUGCAAGUUAUAUCAAGAAAGAAUUCGAUAAGCAAUAUCCUGGCGCAUGGCAGUGUAUUGUUGGAAAAGACUUCGGAAGUUACGUUACACAUGAAGUCAACAAUUUCAUCUACUUUUAUCUGCAAAAUGUUGCUGUCCUACUCUUCAAAGCUGGUUAGUUACGUAUAAGAAAGAAAAGUAAGAUUAUCUUUUGGCGUAAAUGAACAGAACUGAUAUACUUUUAUGCAUAUGAUAAAUAAAAUUUAAAAAAUAAAAGUCACUUUAAUAA